AAGGACGUCCGCUCUCGUUUCUGGACGGUAUACGGAAGGGUCGCGGAGGAACACGAUAGCGAGUUUCUUGAGCGAUACGCAAACGAUAUGGACAUUAUUUUGCUCUUCUCCGGCAUCUUCUCUGCUGUUAGCGCGUCUUUUAUUGUAGCGAUGGAGUCCAGCCUCAGUCCCGAUCCCAGCGACACUACAAAUGCCCUUCUCACGCAGCUCGUGCAAAUCGGACUUGGCAACCUUGCUGCUGCAGGCACAGAGCCAGCAUCCGCAUGGUCGCCAUCCACGUCGAAUGUAAGGAUCCAAGGGAUCGCAUACGCAAGCUUGUGCAUGAGCUUGCUCGCUGCAUUUGGUGCCGUGCUAGGAAAGCAGUGG